AGCACGCUCCCCUCAUGACAACUGGAGAGCAAGUUGAGCUAUGGAUUGGGAAGGAUCUGCUUGGCCACAUGGAGAGGUGAGUCUUUGUGACCUGUGGAAGAGCACCGCCACAGUCACUUCCUUAGGUGACAAGACAUGGGACUUUGCCUCACUGCUCAGUCUUGCACAGCGAUUGGCCCGAUCUUUGCGACAACUGUGGGCGGCGGAAACACAAGCUUGCGUCGCGUUUGGUCUGGAUGAGGGCAUGGGCUUGGUGUUGCUUCAAGUAGCUGUCCUCGAGGCAGGCAUGUACUUUCUGCCCUUGGACUUGCGACAGCCGCGCGCACGACUGGAAAGCAUGCUGAUGAUGGCAGGCGCUGAACUGCUGAUUGCACCCAGAGACUUUUGCGUCGAGAAUUUCCCGGUUCCCGUCUGGACCUUGGAGGCUUUGCUGGAGCUUCCUGAUCUCCAAGCCGACCCAGGUCGAGCGAUCCGCCCACAGGACUUGUGCUACGUCCAAUUCACCUCUGGCAGCACUGGCCAGCCCAAGGGCGUUCUUUGCGAGCACCGGCAAGCUGCAUGGUAUGCCUUGGCCAAAGCUUCGGUGGAAGAGAUCGAUGCAUCCAGCAGGGUUCUCCUGACCUCGGCCAUCACCUUCGAUCCAUGUCAGGGCGACAUCUUUUGCGCUCUUGCUGCUGGUGCCGCUUUGAUUUUGGCACCGCGCGUGGAGUUGUUGCAGGAACUCAGCAAGGUGCUGCUCGAAUCUGAAGCUACUCAUGUUUGUGCGACUCCUGCACUUUGGCAGCUGGCGGAUCAUUCCAUGCUUCGGCACAGCAAACACUUGAGGUGCUUAUCUUUGGGUGGUGAAAAGAUGCCCGCGCAGUUGGUGGAACGUUGGGCCUCCUCCGUCCAACUCCGAAACAUCUAUGGGGUCACUGAAGCUACGGUCUACCAAGCAGCUAUGCUCAUGCAAGCAGAUACGCCUCCGCAGACCGCAGGACUUCCUUUUCCAGGAACCUUCAUUUCUCUCCAGCCAUGGUGUGAUGAUACUGAUACUGAUGACCAUGAGGUCGGUGAAAUCUGCUUGGCUGGUUCUGGCAUUGCCCGUGGAUACCUCAAGCUGCCGGACUUGACGUCGGCUCGCUUUGUCGCUGCAGAUCAGAAACGUUGUUACCUGACCGGUGAUGCUGGCCGUUGGGUUCCUAGGUCGACCACCCAAGACGGGCAACGCCGGUUGUUGCAAGUGCUGGGACGCCGAGAUCUUCAGGUGAAGCUGAAUGGAGAACGGGUGGAGUUGGGAGAAGUGGAACACGCGCUGAGUUUAAGCCCACUGGUCGCGCAAUGCGCAGUGGUUCCCUGGAAGAGUGGCACCUUACUUGCGUAUCUUGUUCUCGCCAAUGAGGUCCUUGAUGGUAUCUCCUACCUUUGCAUCAGCUCACACUGUGAGAAGCACUUGCCGCGCAUCAUGAGACCUCGUCGCUUCGUGGACUUGCAGCGUCUACCCUUGACCUCGAACGGCAAAACGGAUCGCGCCGCCCUCCCCCCAGAGCCGCGCCCGAGCACCGCAGAACGGCUGGAGCACAGAGCGCCCGAACACGGCGAAGCGCCGCGGGGAGCCUUGGAGGAAGCCGUGGCCGCUGCCUGGGCUGCGGAGGGAGUGGGAGAUGCACAGAUGUCGCGAACUGCUGAGCCUGGGUGAACUAAGAGUAAUAUGUAUCGAUAUGUCAACCCCCCAUAUGAAGAGGUUACAAUUAAUGGUUGGGUGAGUUAUUCAAGGUUCGACAUUUGAUGGAUUUUUGAAGUUGGUGGCUUCCAGUUGGAAAUCGAAUGACACAACAUGAUGUGUUGUAUUAGCCAGACACGACAUGUAUGGUAUGUUUACCUACAUUGGGGUGGUUUGGGGGGUCAAUGUAGGCAUAUAUAUGGCAUACAUGGAGUGUCUAUCUUUUGUGGCGCCGCUCGAUUCCUUGUGUUGUUAAACAAAGAUUCAUAUUAUGCCUCUGUUUGGCUUUUGGCAUAAUCGAUUUGGUGUUCAUUGAUUUUUGGGUUUCUAUUUGUUACCCUCCUUUGUUUGGACAUGUUCCCUGAGUAUCCCAAUUGACACGAAUGUUUGGGAUGGUUGAAACCAACCAGGAUUUCUAUGCCUUAGGUGGUGGAUCUGUGUUGGCCGUGCGGGUGACCCGCUCAUUGCGGGCGGUGCUGCACGGUGGUGGAGGAGGGCAAAAGUGGGCGGAAGGCAUCAGUGAUUGGCGAAGUCCUGCAGGAGAUGCAUCCUUGUUCCUGGCGCCUGAGCGAGCCGGUGAUGCCGAAUGUCACUUCGGCUUGUGCGAUGGGGGUCCAUUUGCUCCAUGUGCCCUGCUGGAGCGACCCAUUCUCAGCCACUAUGCCGAAUUCCUCGCCCGCGCCGGGGUCCGGACCUCUCCCGCGACGUCCGACGUCGAGCGCGACGAGCUCGAAGGAGGGAUGGUCGAGUCGUCCCAGCACGACAAGUCGUCCAGGGCCUUGGAGCACGCGAUCCGCGCCCAGCGAGAGACUUUAGCACAUGCGCUGCUGGUGGCUGGCGCUUCAGCAACUGGAGGUCUUGGGCCCAGGGAAGCUGGAAUGACACCGUUGCAUUGGGCGGCGGCCAAGUGCAGCAGCAACAUGGUGCAACUCUUGGUGAAGUUUGCUGCGAAUGUGAUGCAUCCCACAGCAACGCAUGCCAGCCCUGGUCAUGUUGCAUGCGCUGCUGGGAACUACAGUGCGCUUCAAUCGCUGUUGGCAGCCAGAGCACAUGCACAAAGUCGAGACAGCAGUAAGCAGUCACUCUUGCACUAUGCGGUACGGUCCGGUAACCUUGAGACAGUCGAGUUGGCGGCCAAUGCCAAGGCAGAAAUCAAUUGUCGAGAUCAACAGCUGCGGACGGCUCUGCAUUGGGCUGCACUUGGGGGUGACAGCUCCAUUUGUCGCUUGCUUUUGGCUCUCCGUGCUUCUUGCACUCCGCCCAAGGUGCCUCAGGCACUCCAUCGCAGACGGACACGUUUGGCACAGGAGAGCCCGCUGGAAUUGGCCCUUUCUAGGCACCCCAGCAAUGCGGAGUUGCAUGCUAUCUUCGGCGAGGAAAA